GAAGUGGAAAUCGGUCAACCCAUCUAGGUCCAUGGUUUGAAGACUGCAAAAGAGCAACAAUAAUGGAUACAAAAUCUGAUGUGUCUCUGCCACUUCUUCGAAAAAUUGACAAGAUUUUACAGCGAGACAGCACCAUGAAGAUCAGCCAUCACUCUCUAAUUCUAGAAGUGCUGAACAGGUGCAACCAAGGCUCAAUAGAUUUUCACUAUGAGCAUGCACAGAGACCAAAGUUGACACCGAGGAGAAAUAGAUCAAAGCCACAUCUUCCAAUGACGGCAAGAGACGGGUUUUCAUCACUGACCGACUAUCAGACCUACACUCAAAAUCUUACCUUCGAAAUCAGGGAUCAUUUCUCAGAGGUGGUUCGAAAGUUGACUGGAUAUCUGGCACAGAGGGAUGAUCAAUGUCAGCCAGAAAUAUGGGCAUCUUAUGAAGCACUUUUCUUCACUUCAACAAUACUAGAUAUUGAAAAGUUUUAUGUGGUGAGUUACAAUCUAAAUUACAUAUUCAGAAAUAAGACACAACCCAACAAAUAAUCACAUGUUCUUGCUUUCUCUUAACCACGAA